UACGUCUGGCCGAGAUUGCUUGUGAUCCCGCCUCGGGAAAAUUCAUUAUCUUUUCGAGAUUCAGUUCUUAACGUUUAAUUCACUUAUGGUUCCGCUAUGCUAGUUUUUUCUUUGAUUUGUAACUAGUUUGCGGCCUUGAAAUAGUUUCAGUUGUCAACAAGCGCAUUUUGAGCAAUGAAUUUGCUGUUAGUGGAGUGUAAUUUUACUUAAGUUGCAAGACAGUUGCUAUGAAUAUUUAGUCUUCUAAUAUAUUCAGUAUGUCAUCAGUAUUCAUGAUGAAAAUGUUAAAACGCUACCAAAGUUAUGUCAUUUUGCAGAUGUAUGUUUUUGUGCUCUGUAUUUAUUUUAAAAAAGGAUCCUUAGUAUUUGGCGAAGGUAGACGACCACUUUAUAUUAUAGCGCAUAUGGUAAAUUCUAUUUACGAAAUGGAUGAAUAUUUAGCAAGAGGAGCGAACGCUAUUGAAGCUGAUGUAACAUUCAGUAGUAAUGGAACGAUAAAGAAUGUUUAUCAUGGAUAUCCUUGUGAUUGUUACAGAGUAUGUGAUGAGAAAGAAAAUUUUGCAAGCUAUCUAAAUCACAUACGAGAUCUUUCGAAUCCAAAGCAUGUGAAUUACCAUGACAGUCUGACGCUUUUGUUUCUAGACUUAAAGUUAAGUGACGUAUCUCGAUCACAAAAAUAUAAAGCUGGUGAAGAAAUUGCUAAAUAUUUGAUCACACAUCUUUGGAGUAAUAAUUUGAGUGACCCGCAAAUUAGUGUUUUACUUUCUAUCGGCCAUACGUCAGACAGUGAAACUAUUAGAGGUAUUCAAGACACAUUUACUACAUCCAACAGAGGAACAGCAAUGCAAAAAUUAGGCUUCGAUGUUGGUCUAAAUGACGAUUUGAAUUCUAUUCGCAGAAUGUGGUCAAAAUUAGGUGUUAAAAAUAAUCGCUGGCAAGGUGAUGGUAUCACCAAUUGUUUACGACCUUUCAGAGAAGACAGUAGGCUCCGCCAUGCCAUUCGGAUAAGAGACUCAGGAACAGGCUUUAUUGAUAAAGUGUACGAUUGGACAGUAGAUAUUACAUCACAUAUUCGACGAUCUUUACGAUCAGGAGUCGAUGCAAUUCUUACUAACUUUCCAGAAAGAGUCGUAUCUGUACUUCAGGAAAAAGAAUUCAAAGAGAAAUAUCGCUUGGCUACAGCUAGUGACAAUCCAUUUUCCCGAGUUCGUGUUGCUGCGAUUAAAAAUAAACAUCAAGUAAUGAAUAUGAAUACUUACGUAUCCACUAUGAGAGAAAUUACUAUAGCUCUUAUGGGAUAUGCAUGGGACUUUUAUAAGCUCAGGUUAAAAAGACCGGGUACAUUAUUUCCGUUAAUACAAGAAUUUUUCAGCCGCACUGUUCCAGUUUUACAUGAAUAUCGGUCUACUUUAAAGCGUCUGUCGCGAAGGAAAACAAAAACGCGAUGACCUUUUCAUGUUAUGCAUUCGCCGGUAUGAAGAACAAUUUUUUGCAGGAGUGCAUUCCGUAUUUUUCUCAUAUGAUUCAGGUUUGUCCAUUUUAUCAAGAUGUUCGGUAGUACGAUAGGAGUAAUAUGAUGCAGCAAUUUGGACAGUUUUUUAAUGCGUAGUAGAAAAUGCUGCUUUUUCUGCUGGGCAGAAAGCCUUUAGCAUAAACUUUCUUAGACAGUGUUCAAACUAUUUAUUCGUAUUAUUUAUUAUUUCUAAUGAACAGUUCUUAUUUGUGAAGCUACUUGUCUUGUUCAAAAGUUUGGUACUCCGUGCUUAUUUGAUCAUGUUAAACAAUGAUGUGAUGGUUGACCAUGUAUAUCUUCAUUGUAAAGUGCAUUGAAAAUAGCGCAGUAAAUCCAAAUUUAAUUUUUACUUCAUCUGAAAAAUAA